GCAAUUCGAACUGAACAACUGCUACUGGUACUGAAACCUUUUGUCGGUUUUCAUUGCUUCUAUCAUACUACUAUACUAGUAUAUUCUAUUUUAUUUGGUUUUUCUUGCUGCCUUUGUUUAUUAGUGCGUGUCUUUAGUUUAGUGCUCGGUUUGCUUUUGAGCCGUUUCCUCGUAAUUGAAACUGAGCGCAGAGGCGGCAAGGCAGAGAAAUAUAGAGAGUGUGCGACGCCGACUACAACGACAUAAUUAAAUUAAAAUUUACUCACAGACACACACACAUGCACAUGCACAGACACACAACUAAUCACAUUACCAACCAUCAGCCCUAGACUUCGACUCGAGCGCAGUCAGUCGACAGUCGAGCCACGCAGACCAGAAGACAUUCAUAGUUUGUGUUGCACAGUUUUUGGCGCGCCGCAUUCAGCAAAGCUCUUAACGCAAAUUGAUCGAAAAAGGUCAACACAACACAAUAAAGCGUCUACCGUUCGAAUUUCGUGAGUGCAGAGGCCAACAAGUUUAUUAACUCUUCUGGCUGGGGUGGUAUGUGGAUAAAUUUUAGCCGCCAUGGAUCCCAGUGCUCUACAAAACAUGGAUCGGGACGCAUUAAAGAAGCAAAUCGAGAAUAUGAAAUAUCAGGCCUCCAUGGACCGCUGGCCUUUAUCUAAAAGCAUUGCAGAAAUGCGCUCCUUUAUUGAGGAGAAUGAGAAGAACGAUCCAUUGAUUAAUGCGCCCGAUAAGAAGAACAAUCCGUGGGCCGAAAAGGGCAAAUGUAUCAUCAUGUAA